AUGAAAUAUUUUUUAUACAGGACAAGGAAAAGUGAACGUGCCCAAAUCAAAGGCCAGAAAAAUGUGUCUAGUGCAGUUAAAGAGGCAGAGUUGUAUAUAAGACAGGGUAUUGACAAGGAUGGUUUUAUUGUCAAAGAUAUUAACCCUGAAAUAGGAAAAGGGGUCUUUACAACAAGAGCUUUUAUGAAGGGAGAAUUUCUACUUGAGUAUGAAGGCAAGUUGAUGUCCAGUGAAAAAGGAGACAGGAGACUUGACAGCCAUGUCAGAAAAGGCCAUGGAUGUUAUGUUUUCUUUUUUAGAGACAAUGAGGAUCAGAAGCUGAGCAUUGAUGCUACAAAUUCAAAAUUAAUGGGCAGGUAUGUCAAUGAUGGCGUUGGCAGAGAAAAAAAUUCUAUUAUGAGGCGUAUUCAUGUGGAUGGUAAUCCCCAUUUGGCAUUAUUUGCCCUCAAAGAAAUAGUCAGGGGAGAGGAGUUACGCUACGAUUAUGGGGAUCAAUCUAAAAACCUGCCAUGGAGAAAAAAGUCCAAAACAACAAAUUCUGACAAGAAUAGCUUGAAGACAGUUAAAGCUUCACAUGAUAAAGGUGAACCAAGAACUCCAAACAUGUUGGAAGACUCUUUGUGUACUGUCCAUGAGCAAUCUUCGAAACUUCAAAUGACAAAGAAGUGUUAUGUCAGUUUGAAAAAGUUUUCAAUAUCAGAACUGAAAAGAGGAAGAUUUGUAGUAGGACUGCCAAAUCAAAAGGGUAAGACCCUGUGAAAAAUGCGUAGAGGCAAAGUUUUUAGCACCACCAACGAAUUCAGGCUUGUAUAGUCAGCAGUUUUAUUCUCCAAAAUUGAACCUGCCAGAUAGGGUUGGACUAUAGAGUACAAUAAGCUAGAAACAAGGGAAAUUUUUUUGUCAAAUUUGGUCAAAACUCUGUAGCUUGAUAAUGUUGAACUUGAGUGUUUCAGCAAUUUUUUUUUACCUGUCAUGUAAGCCACUUCCUUUUUGCAGACUGUUGAAAAUUUCACAUUACUCAUUGUUCAAUGAAAGGGAAUGAUCAGUUUGGCUCACAUGUUAUUUCAAUUGAUUGCACGUAGAGACCCAGGUCCAGACUGAGUAUUUGUUUUGUUAAUGGUCCGACACCUGAAC